CCAUCUGUAGAACGAAAUUCAGAAAAAUGGAACAGGAAAAUUUAUUUUACAAUAAACCUGAUUACAUAGAGACGGCUUCCGGAAAUAAAGUAAGCAGGCAGUCAGUACUAUGUGGAAGUCAAAACAUUGUCCUAAAUGGAAAGACAAUUAUAAUGAAGGACUGUAUUAUUAGAGGUGACCUAGCCAAUGUACGAAUAGGAAGACAUUGUGUUAUAACUUCGAAAGCUGUCAUUAGACCACCAUUUAAAAAGUUUAGCAAAGGAGUUGCAUUCUUCCCCCUGUCAAUAGGGGACCAUGUCUUCAUAGGAGAGGGCUCAGUCAUCAAUGCAGCACAAGUUGGCUCAUAUGUACACAUAGGCAAGAACUGUAUAAUUGGUCGCAGAUGUGUCCUGAAGGAUUGUUGUGCAAUAGCAGAUAACACUGUGCUUCCCCCUGAGACAGUGGUGCCACCUUUUACCCUAUUCUCAGGCUCACCAGGCCUGUUUAGUCAAGAAUUGCCAGAAUGUACACAAGAUCUAAUGAUAGAUGUCACUAAAAACUAUUAUGGACAUUUCAUGGCCCAAGGCUGAGGCAGUCUGACAAUAUAGCUGAGUGUAGUUAUCCAAGCUUUAUUUAUGUCACAGUAAUAUCAUUGUGAUAUUCCAGAACCAAUCUAGGCCCUGGGAAGUUUGCUGUAGGGCCUCUAUAUGUGGGAACUGGGAAGUACUUAAUGUUACAUUGUUUGUCAUAUCUCAUUUUAAAGACAAUUCAAUUCUGGAG